AUGUCCUCAACCAACAACAUCGCAUUCACCGCCCCGAUCAACCCACCAGGCGCAACACCCGUUGUAACUCCCGAACAAAUAUGGAACGGCCUCCUCCUCAAGAUCCGCUCCGCAGAGACAUUCGUUCCAGGAGCGAUCCAAUCCACCAAGGUCGUCAGUGACUCCGUCGACCCAUCGACCGGAAACCCCGUCACCGUUCGCGAAGUCCUCUUCCGCGAAACCCAGAAAACAGUUCAAGAGACUGUCACAACUUUCAAGCCUACCCGCGUAGACUUUGAGCAGCCGGAUGGAAGCAAAAUCAGUAAUGUGAUCAGUCAAGGAGCUGGUGGGGAGCUAUACAUGACGUAUAUAUUCGAGUGGAGACACCCCGGCGUUUCGGAGGAGGAGUUGGCGGCGCUGCUCGGCAAGGAGAAGAAGAUGAGCCAGAUGGCGGUUGAGGGGACAAUCAAGGUGUUGAGGCAAUUGGUCGAGGAGAAGAAACUUUGA